AUGCCUCACUCAGGACCUAUCCGCACUGCGCUGAAAGUUGACCUGGACAAGCCGGCAGAUGAGCAGGAAGCUCUGCAUAACAGAUGGCACCCUGAUGUACCUUUCUAUGGCACCAUCAAGAAUGGCGAGACAGUCAAGAUUGAGUGCGUGGACUGGACAGGCGGCCAGAUCGGGAACAACGACUCCGCCGACGAUGUCCGCAACGUUGAUCUGACCAAGAUCCAUUACCUCUCCGGGCCCUUCGAGAUCGAGACCGCCGAGCCAGGUGACGUUCUCCUUGUCGAAAUUCAAGACGUUCAGCCCUUCGACCACCAGCCAUGGGGUUUCACCGGCGUCUUCACCAAGGAGAAUGGCGGCGGGUUCUUGGACGAGAUCUACCCAGAAGCUGCCAAAGCAAUCUGGGAUUUCCAGGGCAUCUUCUGCUCCUCCCGCCACAUCCCCGGCGUGCGCUUCGCCGGCCUCAUCCACCCGGGCAUUCUAGGCUGCGCGCCCUCCGCGGAGAUCCUGGCAGAGUGGAACCGCCGCGAAGGCGAACUGAUCUCCACUACCUCGCUGGAACGGAUCGUUGCGCAGCCACCUGAGCCUCAGAAUGUGCAUGUGGGCAAAGGCAAAGGCGAUGCCGAACUCACGAAGAAGGUCGGCAAGGAAGGAGCCAGGACUAUACCCGGCAGACCGGAGCAUGGCGGGAACUGCGAUAUCAAGAAUUUGAGUCGUGGUAGCAAGGUGUAUCUGCCUGUGCAUGUCAAGGGCGCCAAAUUCUCCGUCGGCGACCUACACUUCUCCCAAGGCGACGGCGAAAUCUCCUUCUGCGGCGCCAUCGAGAUCGCCGGAAUCAUCACCCUCAAGUUCGACGUGAUCAAGAAUGGCCAGGAGCUGCUCGGCAUGAAGGGCGGUAAAUCUCCUAUUUUCCUGCCUGGGCCCGUCCAGCCGCAGUUCGGACCUGGACGCAUGCUUUAUUUCGAAGGCUUCUCCGUCGACGAAUCCGGCAAGCAGCACUACAUGGACGCGACGAUCGCGUACCGCCAAUCGUGUCUCCGGGUCAUCGAGUACCUGAAGCGCUUCGGGUACGAUGAUUACCAGAUCUACUUGAUGCUGAGCUGUAUCCCAAUCGAGGGCCAUGUGGCGGGGAUAGUCGAUAUUCCGAAUGCGUGUACGACGAUUGGGCUGCCUAUGGAUAUUUUUGAUUUUGAUAUUAGUCCGGAUGCUGCGGCUAAGGCGGCGGUUAAGAAGCUGGAUUUGGGGAAGUGUGCUCGUUGA